AUGCCCAUGGCCUUACCCUACAAAACCGGUUCACCAUCCUCCCAUUCUCUCCACCGAGUCACCUCUUCAGCCGGUUACCCGGUUCUCUUCUAUAGCAACCCUCCAAUCACUGCCGCCAACACCGUCCCCGACUCCCCUUCCUCCGCCGCAAUAACCGUCUUCCUCUGCCGCCUCUUCACCGCCGCCGCCAUAUCCAUCCUCGUCUGCUCACUCGUCGCCCUCAUUCUCUUCCUCAUUCUCCACCCCAAACUCCCAACUCUCCGAGUCGACUCAGCUGUACUCAUGGAGUCAAACUCGUCUCCGACUCAGUUCUCGCUUACGUUCCUCUUCGUGAACCCUAACACCAAGGUGUCUGUCUCUUACUCUGUCAUCGACGCGUUCCUCCGUAACAGUUCUGACGGUGACGUGGCCAUGACGAGCCUUCCACCGUUCUCUCAGUCGAGGCGCGAGUGGACACGUGUCACCGCGCAGUUCGAUCUGGGUCAAGAUGGAACCUUUGUUAUAAAUAACAAUGUUAGUAAUAACGGGUCACUGGAAUUUGGUAUAAAGUUGAUUACUUCGGUGAAGUUUAAUUAUGGGGUUUUCCGUGCUGGGCAUCGUGAGUUGAAAGCUGCGUGUUACCCUUUGAAGGUUGUGUUUGGUGCUCGUAAUAAUAAUAAUAACAAUAACAAUGGAACUGGAAAUGUAACUGCUGUCAUGCAUGAUCCUUCGGAUUGGUGCUCUGUUUGA